UUGGAGUUUGAACCACUGGGUAAAUAAUAGCCCCAUUUUCCGUGAUGGGAAACACCAAUGGGAGGAACAUCAGAAGUUCUGCUUUGUAGCUGGUAAAAUCUGCCUAUGAGACCCCCAGGUGGAAAUGUCACACCCACAAUUGGAUAUAUAAGAGGGGUGCCAGGCGGAGAUAGAAAUUUGGGAGCCGUCGGACUGUGUGAUGUUGGAAGCAGGGCUGAGUGAGACCCGCCUGCUGGGGCGUGCAGACGGAGCGGAUGAGGGGGACCGGGUUGUGCAGCCCUUGACGGUUUAGAGAACAGGGAAGGUUCAGAGGUGGUUGGCAGCUUUGACGGGAGCAGUUAGAGACAGUUGAGGUAGACAAAUCAUUGGAACAGAAGCUUCACCGAGAAUGGGGUGUGGGGGCUGGCUGAGGAUGUGGGUUCAAGGGUGAGGGUGUAAAGAUGAGAGUGCUGACAGGAGGGAGCCGGUGCCAGAGGGCCGGCCCUGGGGAAAGUGUCCAGACUGCAGAGCAAUGGCUGGGAGCCUGGGCGCAGAAGUCAUUGCCGAGAACUGGCUGCGGCUCUAUGGCUACUUGCCCCAGCCCAGCCGCCACAUGUCCACCAUGCGCUCCGCCCAGAUCCUGGCCUCGGCCCUCGCCGAGAUGCAGCGCUUCUACGGGAUCCCUGUCACGGGUGUGCUCGACGAAGAGACCAAGACGUGGAUGAAGCGGCCCCGCUGUGGGGUGCCAGACCAGUUUGGGACACGCGUGAAAGCCAAUCUGCGGCGGCGACGGAAGCGCUACGCCCUCACUGGGAGGAAGUGGAACAAUCACCACCUGACCUUCAGCAUCCAGAACUACACAGAGAAGCUGGGCUGGUACCACUCCCUGGAGGCAGUGCGCCGGGCCUUCCGUGUGUGGGAGCAGGCCACGCCCCUGCUCUUCCAGGAGGUGCCCUACGAGGACAUCCGGCUGCGUCGGCAGAAGGAGGCCGACAUCAUGGUACUCUUUGCCUCUGGCUUCCACGGCGACAGCUCACCGUUUGAUGGCACAGGUGGCUUUCUGGCUCACGCCUAUUUCCCUGGCCCUGGCCUGGGUGGGGACACCCAUUUCGAUGCAGAUGAGCCCUGGACCUUCUCCAGCACUGACCUGCAUGGGAACAGCCUCUUCCUGGUAGCAGUGCACGAGCUGGGCCACGCACUGGGGCUGGAGCACUCAAGUAACCCCAGUGCCAUCAUGGCGCCAUUCUAUCAGUGGAUGGACAUUGACAACUUCCAGCUGCCAGAGGACGACCUCCGGGGCAUCCAGCAGCUCUAUGGCACCCCGGAUGGUCAGCCACAGCCCACCCAACCCCUUCCCACUGUGACUCCCCGGCGGCCAGGCCGGCCAGACCAUCGGCCCCCCAGACCCCCUCAGCCACCACCCCCAGGCGGGAAGCCGGAGCGGCCCCCAAGGCCAGGUCCCCCAGCCCAGCCCCGAGCCACAGAGCGGCCUGACCAGUAUGGUCCCAACAUCUGCGACGGGGACUUUGACACCGUGGCCAUGCUGCGUGGGGAGAUGUUCGUGUUCAAGGGCCGCUGGUUCUGGCGGGUCCGGCAUAACCGUGUCCUGGACAACUAUCCCAUGCCCAUCGGGCACUUCUGGCGUGGCCUGCCCAGUGACAUCAGUGCUGCCUAUGAGCGCCAGGAUGGGCGUUUUGUCUUUUUUAAAGGUGACCACUACUGGCUCUUCCGAGAGGCAAACCUGGAGCCUGGCUACCCACAGCCUCUGACCUCCUAUGGCCUGGACAUUCCCUACGAUCGCAUCGACACAGCUAUCUGGUGGGAGCCCACGGGUCACACCUUCUUCUUCCAAGAGGACAGGUAUUGGCGCUUCAACGAGGACACGCAGCGUGGAGACCCUGGCUACCCCAAGCCCAUCAGCGUGUGGCAGGGGAUUCCCGCCUCCCCUAAAGGGGCCUUCCUGAGCAAUGAUGCAGGGAGCCACCCCUCUCCCACACUGAGUUCAUAAGCUGCAGAAAGGCUGCCCCAUCCCCCAGCUCCAAGGACAGGCGAGACCCAGGUGGAGGCAGUCUCCUAUUCCUUCCUCCAUCUCUACCAGUUAUGGGCAAUGUCCAAGUCAUCUUCAGCCUUUGUUCACACAUGGAACUACCUGCAUGAAAAUAAGCAGCAGCACACAGGGAACAGAAACACAAGACAGAAAGAUGGCAUUGUUUGAGCC